CCCCGAGGUAUUUUGCCUUCUCGAGUUUCUAUCUUGUUCCGAAUUUGCCCUGCAUCUCAUUGUAUUUGUGUCACUCUAAUUUUUCUUUUGUCGCUGUUUUCUUGCAGAACCAUCCUACUAUGACUUCCCUUCCUCCUCUUCCUGAGGAUGGAGAAGUCGAAGAACGGGGCAUCGUUGCCGAAGAUACCCCAGGUUCUUCUAUUCCUGAAAGUGAAGUCGCGGGUUCCCACAAAUCUGCGGCUUCCCAUGAAAAGGAAAUUGAAUCUGAGGCCAGUGAAUCGACGCAAUCCCUUCCUCCUGCAGUUUCCCCAAAGAACAAAAGGAAAAGGCAUGAUGCCGAGGAUUCUGGCACUUCUAAGGCUGAAGAAGCUGGUCCUUCUAAUCCGAAGGCAGCUUACGAUCCUUAUGUUGAAUCCCUCAUCAGCUCUGAUGAGGAGGAAGAAGUACCAGUUACUGACGUGGCUCCUCGAACAAGCACGUCACGUACUGUACUUGCCUCAGACACGCUAGUUGAAGGAGAAGAAACGUCGCCUCCUCAACAAGACGUCGUCACCACUACUCCGCCAUCAAGCCCCCGUGUCCCUUCACCAAAAAGGGCAAGGGUUGAAAAGAUUGUUGAUUCCGCCCUCGGUUGGGCGGUUCGUCGACUUUGCUCUUAG